AUGUAUUGUAUAUGGUAUAUAGUAACAUAACAAUAGAACUAGCUUUUUACCAAAGUUAAAAUAUAUACCACAAAAGGUUGAAUUUUACUUGUUAAAAAUGUGCUUAGAACUCUGGCAACACUCUAAAGGUCGAAUGUAUUUCAAGCGCGAAAUUUACAUUUAAAUAAAUUUUGUAAAUAAUCGGGAAUUUAUAAACGAUUCAUAAGGAAAAGAAAAAUUGUAGUAAUCGCAUCAAAGAUCAUUGAAAUGGAUAAGGCCCUGGUCUUAGCAGCCGACAAUAAUAUAAGAAAUUAAAUCAAAUUGAAUGCUGCGAUGCCAGAAUCUGGAAAAUGGGACGAUUUUAUAUUACGCUAUCCCGGCAUAAUUGUAAGCGGUUCCAAUGCCAAAGGGACAGUAAAACUAAAAGGCAAGUGGUACCGUUUAAAAGUGAUGUGUCCACAUUUCCCUAAACUACAGGAAGCGCAACUGGAACUAUUGCUGCCACAACAAAUUAAAUUUAUAAGACUAAAAUAUGAAGAUUUAGAAGCUGAUUGGACGUUAUAUGAUUUAAUGGAGAAUCUGCCACAACUACAAGCAAAGUACAUUAAUGCAGCAAGCCCAAACGCCAAAAGUAUAGAAAUAGCAAGUUCCAAUAUAUAUAGCGAAAUAGCCGCGCUCUAUGCGCCACAAAAUUAUCUAUUGGAGCUAAAUGACGCAUGCAGUUUACUGCGUUUCUCCAAAUUCACAGCAUACGAACAACAUCAUUUACAAGUAGAACUCCCAACACUACGAAUAACUGAACAUAGUCUACCCGACUGUGUGCCAUGGGAGGAGCAGCUGCAGAAAUAUGACAACCUAACCGCAAUGGUGCAACAAUUCCACAACUAUGUGCAAGAUUUACAGCCGUUUUAUGAAAAUUUCGCCGAUAUUGAUGAAUUGUGCUAUGUUGUGCAGCCAACGCCGCCAGUUUCGACCAAACAUAAUUGGCGCUUAUUUGUGUUGCGUGAGCGUGUCUUUAUCAAAUUAGUGCUGUCGGAUCCCUUCGCACCAAUUAGUUCGAUGUCAGUGCAGAUAAUAGGACCCACGCAAGCUGUCGAAGAGUUGAGACGUACGUUAAGUGAUGGCCUGAGCGAAUGGGAUGCUGAGUUGGAUAUACAUAAGAACUUGUUGCGUAUUUUCGACAUCUGCUAUUUUCCCAUGCCGCCUGGUAGCGGCUGGAUGGAUGUUGAUGGUGAAGUAAAUACCUCAGAGCAAAAAUUUUGUAAUAUUUGUUACUCGUAUCAACUUGAGGGAGGUGAAAUACCAAUUGUUUCAUGUGAUAACCCACAAUGUACGCUGAUAUAUCAUGCGGCCUGCUUGAAAGAGUGGUUCAACACGCUCACUGACGGAAAGGACUUUCUCAGUGUCUCUUUUGGCAGUUGUCCCUUUUGCAAAACUAAACUUUCAACAUCUUUCACUGAGUUAUUGGCAAAUUAAUUUUUAAUGAUUUUCGAGUAAUCUUAUUAGUUUAAAUAUAAUAAGUUAUUAUGUAUUCAAUACAUCACUGUAAUUACCAUCAGUGUUUGCACAUCAAUUCAACGAAUAUUUCAUAUAGACUACGCUAAUGAGUAAGCCUAAAACAAAUGGCUGUUUAUCUUUUAAUAAUUUUGGUUUUUAUUCAUGACUUAUAAGUUGUUGCACUAUUGUAAUAUGCAAAUCGCUAGAAACUUUUUAAAUAGCUGCAGUUUUGGCUUUGAAAAGAAAUUAUUUGAGUUUUAAAACUAAUAAAAACAAAUCGUAGCGGCGUUGAAAAUUAACUUUGUCACUCGCCUUCAAGAACUUAGCGCAGUUUGUGUUAGCAAAAAUUGUCAUUCCACUAUAAUUUUAAUCCACAUGUCACAGUAAAGUGAAAUUAUGCAAUGAAGUAUUUUAAUAUACAAUACAUAUAUAGAUCAAAGUCCA